GUGCUCGAUUUCACAGACCGCGAGCUCACAACUUAACACCUCUUCGACAAUCAAGCCUACACGUUUAGAUUCAUCCCGUACCAGACUCACAUCUCCCUAUGAUACCUUGAACAUAAUGGACACCUCGAAAGAACCGACCUUUCCUCCCGCCAGCGACGUCCCCCUGCACCGCAACGCACCCCUCGCACCUACGCAAGAGCUAGCCUACAGGAAGAAGUGCAUCCAGCUCAAGCGGCGCCUUGCCGAGAUAGAAGCCAACAAUGAUUCCACUCGCAAGAGGAUCAUCCAGGAGUCAGAACAUGUCCAGAAAAUGCGCCUCCUGCGCGCCAUCCUCCUCAACCACCUCAACGACAUCAUGAGCACUCCAGCCAAGAAGCUCACACCAGAACAACUCGAAAAGAUCGGAGUCCAAGCAAACGGAGGCGCAAGCCUGGCUGAACUUGCCGGCAGCGCAAUCACUCAGGAAUUGCUCGGAUCCAGGCCUGACGGAGAAGCACUCUUAGACGACAGUUCUGAAGAGAGUGAUGAAGAUGAACCCGAGCCCCUAGAAAGACCGGAAAGACGAAGACGAGUAAACAACAACUACCGUGAAACAAUCAUGAACACUGCUCCUGGAGAAUCCGCCUCUAAUGUCUAUCAACCAUCACCACUACCAAGUAUCGCACCAGCAAAUUCCUUCUCCCCACCGGCACCUCACGAUGCAUCAACGUUGACAUCCACCUUCCGUGUCUCUUCCGGCACUCCGCAAGCCGCUGUCACACCGAGCUAUCAACCUCCAACUGCGGGAGAAUCUCGUUAUGAAGAAUCUUCACCCAUUGCAGUGAAUCAGCAUCCAGUCCAGCCUUACACGGGCACAUACCCUGCACGACCUCCAAGUUUGCCUUCCACUAGUAUCGACACCAACGGUAUGGGACGGUCUCUUAUUCCUCCACGGCCGGAGCGUCCAGAAACGCCCUACAUUCAGUUCACUGCGCAUAUGAGACCGCAGCUAGAGGCAGAUCAGUAUCCUCCUGAACAGAUACCUGAGAGGAUCCAGGCUGAGUGGGACGGAUUGAGUCCUGAAAAUAGGAAACUUUGGGACGACAGAUACCAAGACCAAAUGAGGGAGUACACAGUCGCUAUGGAUGCCUACAAACGGGCUACGCGACGUGAGAAUACUGGUGGCUUCUCUUCCCUCAAUUCGUAGGAUGAUUUCGACGGGGAAAUGGGUAUGGCAUCAUCCAGACGGCCUGCGAGCUCUCAUGGACUCAGUACAGGAUGGGCUGUUGAUCACGGUAUUCCGCGGCUGUCAACUGAAACCUCAUCUGGGAUCAUGCCAGAUCGAAAACGGCAGCAGACCUUACAACACAAGCAUACAAGGACAGUCCAAGCCAGCACAAAUCCACGCCAUCUGGUAUUGCAAGUUGGGUUUCCCACCGCGCGGGCCG